AUGGAGCCCGGGCCGCGGCGGCGGCGCACUUGCCGCCCGCCGGUCUCCGCCUUCCUGCGCGACCCGAGCUCGGGGCGCGUCUACAGGCGCGGGAAGCUGAUCGGCAAGGGUGCCUUCAGCCGCUGCUACAAGCUGGUGGACAUGUCCACCAGUGCCGUGUUUGCCCUCAAGGUGGUGCCUCGCGCCGGGGGUGCGGCCGGGCGACUGCGUCCCCAAGGCAAGGUGGAACGGGAGAUCGCCCUGCACAGCCGCCUGAGACACCGUAACAUCGUAGCCCUCCACGGACACUUCGCUGACCGAGAGCACGUGUACCUCGUGUUGGAGUACUGUGGCCGCCAGUCGCUGGCGCACGUCCUGGAGGCGCGGCGGACUCUGACGGAGCCGGAGGUGCGCUACUACCUGCGGGGCCUGGUCAGCGGCCUGCGCUACCUGCACCAGCGGCGGAUCGUGCACCGCGACCUGAAGCCCAGUAACUUCUUCCUCAACAAGAACAUGGUGGUAAAGAUUGGAGACCUGGGGCUGGCUGCCAGGGUGGGGCCGGGGGGCCACUGCCACCGAGUGCUCUGCGGGACCCCAAACUUUCUGGCCCCAGAGGUCAUCGCCAGGAAUGGGCACUCCUGCCAGUCAGACAUCUGGGCUCUUGGCUGCGUCAUGUACACAGUGCUGACCGGUACCCCUCCCUUCACGGGGGCUCCCCUGUCGGAGAUGUACCAGAACAUCCGGGACGGCCACUACCCCGAGCCGGCCCACCUGUCACCCAAUGCCCGCCGCCUCAUCGCCCGCCUGCUGGCGCCCGACCCCGCCGAGCGGCCCAGUCUGGACCACCUGCUCCAGGACGACUUCUUCACACAAGGCUUCACUCCGGACCGGCUGCCAGCCCACUCCUGCCACAGCGCACCCCUCUUCACGGCGCCCCAGCCUCUGGGCCGGCUCUUCCGGAAGGUGGGCCGCCUGCUGCUGACCCAGUGCCGGCCGCCCCGCCCCUUCACCCCCAGCGAGGCAUCGGGUCCGGUAGGAGGUGCUUCAGAUCCGGACUCCGUGGGGUGCGGCAGCGCGGCCUCCCUGUUGGACAGAGGGGCUCUCCGCCCCGAGGUCCCCGUCCACCUACUCACCCAAGGGACCCUCAGGAGUGACCCAGUGGGGCCCAAAGGGAGGCAGAAGCAGGAGGUCGAGGUGGCCAUCAGAAACCUGUCACUCUGCCUGGACCGUGGCCUCCCAGGCCCCAGGUUCUUCUUGCUCUUCUGUUCUUGUAGUACAGGAAGACCCUGGACACUGAGCGAAGGCAGCCUGAGACUCCUGCCUGCCGCCCCCGCAGCUUCCCUGGCCGCCGGGUUGCUGGUUUUUUCCGCCAGUGCCCCUUUGGCUCUCCCAGGAUCCGACCCAGGAUUCCAGAGGCCACUGAUCCAUUUGCUUUUAACACACUUUUUUUUUUUUAAUGCAAUCCCACAAAGCCUGCGGGGUUGGAGCGUUCCCCAUGGUUCCGAAGGGCUCCUCUCCAGAGGUGCUGGGGCUCCCCAGCCCCUUGUCCCUCUCCCUGCAAGGCAAGGCUGGGCUCCCUGCCCCCUGGACUUGGCUCUCCAUCUUCCGCGUCUCCACUGUUCCGUCCCCAGGCCUCCCAGACCUCUUGCUCAGUUCACUUCAUUUUUAUGCCCAGCCACGCAGGAACCCCCAGGGGAGCAGCGGCCCACCCUCUGGGCCCCCAAGUGGGUGGAUUAUUUCAGCAAGUACGGCUUCGGCUAUCACCUUUCGGACGGGGGCAGCGGUGUCCUGCUUCGGGACGGCACACACAUGGCCCUGCGCCCCCCAGGGGACCGAGUGUGCUAUGUGCCUGGCCGGGGGAAGCUGGAAACCUUCGCCCCCAGGGACGUGCCCAGCCCACUGGGCGCCAAGCUGGCCGUCCUCCGGCUGUUUACCCGCUGUAUGCAGCAGCAGCUGCGAGAGGAAGGGGCCCGGCCCACGCCCGGCCCGCCCGCGGCCCCCGGCCUCUGCCUGCUGCGCUUCCUGGCCUCGGAGCGGGCUUUGCUGCUGCUGUUCAGUGACGGGACACUGCAGAGAAGUGGACCGUCUCGCCUGCCGUCUGCCUCUGUGGUGGGGUCUGACACGCUUCGGGGAGGCGACCCUUCGGACCGGCCGGCUCUGAGCCCGCUGCCGCUCGUGGCAGACAGAUGGGCCAGAUCUCGGCCAGCGCCCAGGUACCCCGAUGUCUGCGGGGCUGGAGAGAGACCCUGCUUCAGAGAGAGAAACCGAAGAAUUUGUGGGCCUGAGGCUACAUUUCACAAAGCACAUUUCCUUUAUAAUCAGAGAAAAAGGCAACAAAGAUGCAAACAGUUUUAG